AUGUCCACAGCCAGGGAGCAACCCAUCUUCAGCACACGAGCGCAUGUAUUCCAGAUUGACCCGGCCACCAAGCGUAACUGGAUCCCUGCGGGCAAGCAUGCCCUCACCGUCUCCUACUUCUACGAUGCCACCCGAAACGUCUACCGCAUCAUCAGCAUUGGAGGUGCUAAGGCCAUCAUCAACAGCACUGUCACCCCCAACAUGACCUUCACCAAAACCUCCCAGAAGUUCGGGCAGUGGGCGGACAGUCGUGCCAACACUGUCUAUGGCCUUGGCUUUGCCUCUGAGCAGCAUCUGACACAGUUUGCAGAGAAGUUCCAGGAAGUAAAGGAAGCAGCAAGGCUUGCCAGGGAAAAGUCUCAGGAUGGGGGAGAGCUCACCAGUCCAGCCCUGGGACUUGCCUCCCACCAGGUACCACCAAGUCCCCUCGUCAGCGCCAAUGGACCCCCCAGCGACGAAAAGCUGUUCCGCAGUCAGAGCGCAGACGCCCCCGGCCCAGCAGAACGCGAGCGGCUCAAGAAGAUGCUGUCCGAAGGCUCCGUGGGCGAGGUGCAGUGGGAGGCCGAAUUCUUCGCGCUGCAGGACAGCAACAACAAACUGGCGGGUGCCCUGCGAGAGGCCAACGCAGCGGCAACGCAGUGGAGACAGCAGCUGGAGGCCCAGCGUGAGGAGGCUGAGCGGCUGCGACAGCGGGUGGCUGAGCUGGAGGCCCAGGCAGCGGCAGAGCCGCCUGUGGUUGGCGAGAAGGAACCUGGGCAGUCAUUGGAGCAGUUGGAAGCUUUAGUACUAACUAAGGACCAGGAGAUCCAGACACUGAAGAGCCAGACAGGCGGAUCUCGAGAGACCGCGGACACAGCUGAGCGCGAGGAGACGCAGCAGAAGGUGCAGGACCUGGAGACCCGGAAUUCGGAGCUGGAACACCAGCUGCGGGUAUCUGAGCACAGCCUGGAGGAGGCACGGGCUGAUCGUGAGCGGGCACGGGCUGAGGUGGUACGGGCCACACAACUGCUGGACGUCAAGUUGUUCGAGCUGAGUGAGCUGCGUGAGGGCCUGGCCCGCCUGGCUGAUGGCACCUCCUGA